AUGAGCGCUGAAGAACCGAAGAUUGCCCCGGCUGGUGCGGAGAUUGCUGACGAGAACGCCUCCACGGAUUUGACGAUUUUGAUCCAAGGCGUCCUUCAACAAACCCAAGACCGUUUUCAGCACAUGUCCGACCAGAUCAUCCGGAGGAUAGACGAUAUGACGAAGCGCAUCGACGACCUCGAGAAGAACAUCACCGAUCUCAUGACCCAGAACCAAAUUGACCCGCCGCAGAUU